AUGUUGGCGGAGCGCAGCCUGGAGUGCGUGAAGGAGUGCCUGGGCACCUCCGUGCACCCCGAGGAGUUUGGGAAGUGCGCCGACAAAGUGGCGAAGUCUGCCCUGGUCGGAGGCGUGCUGGGCGCCGGGAUGGAUCUGGCGACGGGUGGCGUGUUUGUGGGCGCCUGGACCGCGGCUGGAAGUGCGGGUGCCGCGGUGGCCGGGAAGAUGCUGUGCAAUGAGCAGCUGCUCCGGUGCAAGAAGAUUUGCCAGUACAAGCUCGAGUGA